CAUACUUUCCUGUUUUACGGCUUGGCCUUUCUCUCUUGUCCAAAUUCUGGUGUAUAACUCCAGAAAUAACGAAAAGAAAUAUUUAAGAACAAACCGACAGUUUUCUUUGCGCGCUACGUUUAGAUUUUAAAGACAUGUAGUUUGUUUCAGCACCUACUAUAUUAUAGAUUGUAAGUUGUUAUAAGGAGAAUAAACCAAAAGUAUAAAUAAAAACACAGCUAUCUCCUACGGUGUUUUCGUACGUCAAUGCUACAACAAACGAGCAGUAUGACGGAAGCCCUUGCAUUGCGUUUAAAAGAGAUUCAUGCUAAAUGGGAAGCCCGGAAUGAGUUGUCACGAACUUUGGAUCAAAAUGAUUCUCGACUUUCUCUUGAUGGAUUACGUCGUGCUGGACAACAGUCACAGGAGAGACAAAUGCAAAAUAGAGGACAGAUUCGCAAAUUACGUGAAAGUUCUCUUUAUAAAAUCAAGGAAAGUGAACCACAGAUAGCUCAUCUUGGUCAUGUAUCAUCAUCAGUUUUAUAUAAUUGCUGUAACAGAUGCACAUUGUCUUCAAAGGAUUCUUUAAUCAAUACUAUUAAUAAACAAUAUCAUAUGGGUGGUAUUGAUCUAAUGGCAAUUACUUCAGGAACCUGUAUUUUCUCGAAAAUAUUUCGCCAUAUAUGCCAUGUUUGUUCCUGUAAAAAAUAUGAUUAUCCUAUGGUUACUGAUGCUGUGUUAAAUGAUCCAAGACUCAGAGAAGCAAUAGAAACAAGAGCACAACAAAGUCUCAACCUCAAAAUGGUUAAUGGAUUACAUGCUGUCAACAAAGCAGAGAUUACUGCCAAGCAAAUAAUGCAAAAACUUGAAAGUAACAUUGGUGAUAAGCUACUGAGAGUAAUUGUAUGGACCUUGUAUAAAGUACUGUCUUGGUUCGUACAAACAGUUGUUCAACCUGCUCAGAUUGAAGUUUUAAAGAAAGCUAACGACAUAGGUCUACCCUUAAUAUUUAUAGCAAUGCAUAGGAGUUAUUUGGAUCGCAUUUUAAUCAGUUUAACCACAUUUAACAAUAAUAUUAGGAGUCCAUUAUUUGCUGUUGGGAACAACUUCAACUCCCCACUUCAUCGGUGGUUUCUGAAGGGCUUUGGUGGUUUUUUUUUAAGCAGACAAGUUCUUCGUACAUUGAAUGAAGAUGACGAAAUGUAUCAGGUAAUUGUACACAUGUACAUUAUGCAAUGCCUUAAGGCAGGGCAUAAUAUAGAAUUUUCCAUCGAGGGUGGACGUACAAAAACUGGUAAACCCUGUAUGCCAAAAACUGGCAUUUUGGACGUCGUUGUUGAUGCUUAUGUGGAUGGUACAAUUGAAGAUGCUUUAAUAAUUCCUGUUACCGUGAAUUAUGAGCGUCUGCCUGAUGGAAGUUUCAUUGAGGAACAAUUAGGACAAUCAAAGAAGAAGACUUUCAUCUCAAAUAUCAAAGCUCUUCUAUCUGCAUUUACGAGGAUUAACGGAAUUGCAAAAAUCAAUUUUUGCCAGCCUUUUUCACUUCGGGAAAUGUUGAAUAAUAUUGGAAAAUCACUAAAUGAUAAAGCAAUUGCAUCGUCACAUUCUAAAAAGCAUUUAACAUAUACUGGAUCAAAUUCAUCGCUGUGUGAAACAAGAGCCAUAUUACAAGAACACUGUCAUUUAACAAACACUGUUGCUCGACACAUCAUAUACGAUUAUUCAAAAGCGGUACCAAUAAUGUCAACUAACAUAGUGGCAUUUUUAAUGCUGAAUAAGGGUAGAAACGGGUUUACUUUGGAUAAAUUGGUUGAAGAAUUUGACCAAAUCAAAGAAAAACUAAGUUGGAGUAAUAUGGAUCUCGUAUUUAAUGGAAGAACGAUAGACAUUAUUAAUCAUGCAAUAGAUAUAUUAGGACCAGAUUUAAUUAAAGAGAAUCAGAAAAAAAUUAUGGCCGAAGAUUCUAAUUCAGUUAAAUCUAAUUUCGUAACUUUAAUUCAACCCGAAUUAUCGUUGCCAAACGUUAUCGAACUCUCGUAUUACAGUAACACUGUAAUGUUGCAUUAUAUUAUGGAAAGCGUAAUAGUAACUGCUUUACACUCUAUUGUACGGUUUCAACUAAACAAUCCCAAGAUAAUUGCUGAGAAUAAUGUCACCUUUUUUCACGACAACUUGGUAGAAAAGGCGCUUAAAAUUUGUGAUAUACUAAAAUACGAAUUUAUAUUUUGUAAGCCCUGUCUACACUUAGAACAGGCAAUAACUGAAGGUAUAGAUAAACUAAUGACAGAGGAUGUCAUUGGAUUAAAACAGGAAGGCUGUUUGGAAGAGGAAAUGUGGAGUAAACGAUAUGCUCAUACCUUUGAUGAUAGUUCAGAUGAUGAAUAUAACGCAAGACAUCGAACUCGGAAAAUCGAAUAUAAGCUCAACCUGGAAACUGAACGAUUAAACUAUACAAAAUUCCUGAAGACCAUUUUGCGUCCUUUAAUAGAUACGUACUCAAUUAGUGCCUUUAGCCUAAAAAAACUGGUUGGGCAAUGUCUCUGCGAACAAGAUUUACUACAUGAAGUGUUACAUGCAAUUAAGUCUAACUUGGAACUUGGAGUAAUCAACUAUGGUGAGAGCUUAAAUGUAGAUGCAGUUAAGAAUUCUUUUAAACUUUUCGAAUCGUGGAAUAUUAUAGAAUUUUAUUCACAAGAGAAUAUCAGAAUGUUUUAUUUAGCUGACACUUAUGAUGAUAAUGAGUCUACUAACAGUAUAUACGAAAGUAUUGCUGCUCUCAUAUAGCCCGAUAUAUACAAUAGUAAAG